AUGGAGGUUCUCAAGGAACUUCACGCCUCAGUUGCAGAGGCGUGUGAGGUGUCUUUUGACAAUGCCUACCGACAUCUGAAUUCCUCACUGGCCCGCUACGAGGAACGCGUGCGGGAUGCCGAACAUAACGCAUCGAUGGCCAGCCAAGCCCAGAAAACGGCCGAGGACCGAAUCCAAGCCCUCCAGCAUGAAAUCUCGGUGCUCCAGACGGAGCUGAAGCGUUACGAAGUGGACCCGAAAGAUCUUGAACUCCCCCAGAAAUUCUCCAAUCUGGAAGACGAGUUUUCCCCGAAACAUGUCUGGGAGAGCCAUGUGGACCAUGCCCAUCCCGAGGCCGAGAGGCCACCAAAAGGGGUCGAGGCCAAGUACACUGCAUUAUAUGACAACCUGCAGACGUUUAUCCAGACCUGGAGUGGCCUCAAAGCCAGAGUGUUGCAGCAUAAGAAGAAGCUGAGAUAUUGGGAUCGCCAACUGGAACGGGAUGAGUUCACGCUCGUGCGCAAUGGUUUGCCGGUCACUUUUCGAAAGGUUGCAAGCGGCGUGGACAAGCACAAGCACAAGACCCCGGUCUCUUCACGGAAACGAUCACGUUCAAAAUCUCAUGAGGUCUCCGAGGCCCCUUCGGGUGACUCCAACGCCUUACCGAACCAGAACUCAGCGGCAGAUAGGAAUUCCAACAUCAAGACUGAGCAGCAAAGCCAGAAUCUACUUCGCUCAGAAUCACCAGGGCUACCUUCAACCCAGACUAGUUCCCCUAGACGUGAUCUCACAUCCUCUGAACCUGGCUCUUUCGAAAGUCAGGAUACCCUGCCAAGUGUGCCACUGCAAAAGAGAAAACGAAUGCCAUGGGAAACCCCUUCCAACAAUAAUACAUUGUCCCAUAGUCAUCCAAGAGGUGAUGUUUCUGACCAACCGGUGCUUAUUAAAAGUGAACCUGUGUCCUCGAGCCCAGUCCGGCAGCCGUCGCAGUCACUUGGACAGCUUCCUUCCAGCACGCAGGAUCUUGACGAGAUUGGCAUAACAAUACCAACGCCCACGAAACGCAAAGCCGAGUCCACGCACAUCUAUACCGAGGACGCACAAGCUUCUCAUGACGACUCGGACUUGACUCAGCCUUGCCCUCAACGAAUAUGGCCAGACGAGCAGUUGCCCCAGCCAUCUGUGCUCCAGCCUGUUGAUGGAAAUGCACGCACUUUCAAUGUCUCUGAGCCCGGAUCCAACACCAAAAGACGGAAACAGGUGGAUAUGGAUCUGCGCGCGAUAUCCGGCCUGGCCGAAGAUGGUGACCGAGACGAUUGGGAGAUGGGGCCACCGAAUGCGAAGGUGUCCAGCAAGAUCUCUCGGCGACGUCUGCACGAUCUUUUAGAGGGAUCAUUACCCUCUAAAUCACCUCUGAGGCCUCCUAAUACCACUACAGUUACUGUCCAGGACGGCACAGAUGGACGGUCGACGCCUCCAAGAACCCGUGUGCCAUGUAGAACUUCCGCUCGGGGGUCAAUCCUGCCGCAAUCGGAGAGAAAAACCGCUACACGAACAAGCCCAGAUGACUUGCCCCCGGAAAUUCGUCCUGAAGACGAACCAUUCCGUGCCCUACCACUGGAUCGGUUGACUCUGAACCAUUUUAAGAUCAAUUCCGCACGAAACCAAGGGGCUGACUACGCAUACGACGAGGUGGUUCGCAAGAAAGAUGACCGUAAGUGUCUCCCUGGCUGUACUCGCCCGGGAUGCUGUGGGGAUCAUUUCCGUGGCCUGGCUCGUCUUGGUGGUCUGCCAACCCAUUCGACCGAGGCAAACCAGGAAGAGGAGCAGAGGAUUCUUGAGGAAUACAUGGGCGAUGAUCAGCACCUGAUUCACGGACUGAGCAGGCAGGAUCGCGAGAAGCUCCUGGUAGAGGCGAGGGCCCGACUCAUGGCCAACCAAUACGGCAGACACCGACACACGUACCAACGAGCGCCAACACCUCCCGGAUUCUGGCGGACCGAGAUGCCUGACUCCCAAGAAGAAGAAUGGGACCGCAAAGCAGCGCGACGGCUGGAGCGGGAGAAGGUGGAGGAGCGGUAUCGCGAGGCCAUGCGGCCGGGAGGGUUGUGGCAGUGGGCGGAUGAAUAA